GUUAAAGUAGGUUCAAUUUGUUCAAUUGAGCUGCAAUCAAGUUCAGUUAUUUUCCGCUUUUCCUCGCGUUCGGUUGUGCCAUGUGUCCCAUUUCUUGUGUUCUGCUCAGCCUAGCUGGGUUUCUAGCCCUUGUCUACGUAUUCCUCACCUGGAACUUUGACUACUGGAGGAAGAGGGGCAUCCUGACUGCCCCUUCAUGGCCAUUUGUGGGUAGUUUUCCCAGCAUAUUCACCAAGAAACGAAACGUUGCCUACGACAUCGAUGAUAUCUAUAAGCAAUACAAAAACACGGAAAAAGUUGUGGGUGUGUUCACCACCCGACGUCCCCAGCUGCUGGUUAUGUGUCCGGAAUAUAUUAACAAGAUUUACACCAGCGAUUUCCGUAGCUUCCAUGACAAUGAAAGGGGGAAUUUCGUGGACAAAAAGGUGGACAAGAUACUGGGCAACAAUCCAUUCGUCCUGAAAGGCGAUGAAUGGAAGGAAAGAAGAGCAGAGAUCACACCAGGACUGUCACAAAAUCGAAUAAAGGCCGUAUAUCCAGUGUCACAAAGUGUAUGCAAAAAGUUUGUGGACUACAUAAAACGCCAACAGCGAAUGGCCACCUCGCAGGGAUUGGAUGCAAUGGAGCUGUCCCUUUGCUACACCACCGAAGUGGUCUCCGACUGCGUCUUGGGCAUCUCAGCCCAGAGUUUCACGGACACCCCGACUCCCCUUGUGGGAAUGAUCCAGCGGGUGUUCAACUCGUCCUUCAGAUUCAUCUUCUUCAGCAUUUUAGUCAACAUCUGGCCACCAAUUCUGAAGUUCUACAGUUUGCCUUUCUUCAACAAGGAAGCUGAGGACUUCUUCUUCGACAUCAUGAGACGUUCCAUCAACUUGCGGCGAGGGAAACCGGAACAGCAGCGCGACGACUACCUCAACUACAUGCUGCAGUUGCAAGAGAAGAAGGGCCUAGAUACAGCCGAGCUCACUGCUCAUACUAUGACCUUCCUCACAGACGGAUUUGAGACCACUGCUCUGGUUCUAUCACACACCCUGUUGUUGCUGGGACGUAAUCCGGAGCAGCAGCAAAAGGUGCGGGAGGAAAUUGGCAAGGCGGAUUUCACUUUUGAGCAACUAACCGAGCUGCCUUAUCUGGAAGCCUGCAUUAAUGAAACUCUGCGUUUGUUUUCGCCACAAACAGCAGCCCGUAAGCUGGUAACUGAACCCUACGACAUAGUUACCAAGAAUGGCGAUACGUUGCGCCUAAGUCCCGGGGACGUGGUAAUCAUUCCCGUGAAAGCGAUACAUCAUGAUCCGCAGUAUUAUGAAAACCCGCAGGCGUUCAAGCCUGAGCGAUUCCUUGAGGUCAACGGGGGUGUGAAAAAGUUCCGAGAUCAGGGAGUAUUUCUUCCCUUUGGCAAUGGACCUCGCAUCUGUCCAGGAAUACGAUUUGGAAUGACUCAACUCAAGGCGGCCUUAGUAGAAAUCGUGCGUAACUUUGAUAUAAAAAUUAAUCCCAAGACGCGUUCCGAUGAUCAGCUACAUGAUACCUUCUUUAUGGCCACUCUAAAGGGUGGAAUUUUCCUAGACUUUAAAGAGCGGCAAUAAAAUAAGUUAAGUGGUAAUUGAUUUACCAUACACUAGUGAUAAGCAAAUAUUCCAUUUCAAAUAAAAACAUUUGCAUUUCA